AGCAAAAGAUACACCUAGAAAAGAGAAAUUAGUUGCGUACGCAGUAACAAACGCAAUGAAAGCUAAAAGAAAAAUAGGUAUGGGUUGCAAACGGAAACGUGCUAUAAAAACAAAUUGUAUACUAGCAGCGAAAAAAAAAAGAAUCUCAAAAAAAAAGAAUGGUGGUAAAAGGUUGAUUUUAGUACCGAGACAAUCAGGAGGUGCAAUUCCCUUAAUACCUAUAUUUGCAGGAUUGUCAGCACUUGGUAGUUUGAUGUCUGGAGGUGCUAGUGUGUAUAAUGCGGUUCAAAAUUCAAAAAGAAAAAAAGGCAGUGGUUUGAAAUCAAACAAGAAUAGGUUAAGGAAAAAAAACUGAUGAUCACGCUACCUGAUAGACCGCUUUCGUCUCAAGAUAUUAUAAAAUAUAUCGGAAAGUUGAAAAUCAAUCAUUUCCGUGGUGUCUUUUCACGUGAUAACUUACCUAAAAAACCACAUACGAUUGAAUGUGGUAUAUUAAACUUGGAUACAUCUUCAGGCGACGGAAGCCAUUGGGUAGCGUUUUAUAAAAAUAAGGACAAAGUUGUAUAUUUUGAUAGCUUUGGUGAUUUACCACCACCAAUUGAAUUACAACAUUAUUUCAGACAGUUCAAAAUAGUAUACAACUAUUCCAACUAUCAAGACUUCAAUACAUUUAACUGUGGUCAUUUAUGUCUUGAAUUCUUGCAAUGCAUGAAUCUAUUACAUUAAAUCUAACUGGAAAUUCAACUGUAUUGUCGGUAAAUUAUUUUCCAUCUCUAAACGUUUACGAGGAUUCAGAAAUAGCUUUGUUAUCUUUGCAAACGUGCAAUUCAUUUCCAAAUAUUAUAAAUCCAACUAAUAACCGGCUGAGAAUAAAAUCAAUUCCUCCAGAUAGAAUAGCAAAAAUUCAAUUUUUUGUACCAGCCGAAUGCCGUGACAUAGAAGAUAUUAACAAAUAUAUGGUAGAAGAGUUAUCUCAAGUUAAUAAAGUCUACGGAACAAAGCUGACAUUCAGUGUACGUAUUGAUCCUGUCGAUUUUAGAACGUAUAUAAAAUGUAAUGGAAUACUAAACUUUGAGCAUCCGUAUAGUAUAGCACCUGUUUUUGGGUAUAGAAAGAAAGUUUGUGGACCGUUUCAUGAAGAACAUCGAUCGGAUAAAGCUGCAAAUUUAAACACAAUUAAUUCUAUAAAAGUAAUGUGUAAUAUAGCACAUGGGUCAUUCAACAACCAACUUCAAAACCAUUCGAUAUAUGAGUUUUUCCCAAGUGGGAGAAGAGGAACAAAGGUUGUUCAAUCUCCGGUAAACCUUAUAUAUUACAGAUUAAACAAAACAGAUAUUAAUUCAAUUACUGUUCAGUUAGUUGACCAAAACAAUAAUCCAAUUGACAAUUUUAACGAAACGUUAACAGUUGUUCUGCAUAUUAAACGUCACGGAUCUCAUCAUUAAAUUUAUAUCUUAGAUUUUGUAAUGUAUGAGUCAGUUACUUUA